AUGACCUUUCAGCAGGAGCUCAAUUCCUGGUGGUUUCCCAAAGCGCUGACUACGUUUCCGGUGCCAGAAGUCGGUGAGAAGGCUCCUGUUUCGUCGAAAUUACCACUGCCCAACCAAAAUGGGAAGCCUACGGUUAUAGCAUUCCUUCGUCACUGCGGAUGUCCUUACAUCCUCUCGCCCCUCUUCUUCCUGCUUACUUUCGUCCCAGUUGCCGAGAAAACCUUUCAAGAACUACGCAAAUUGGCAGGAAAGCAUCCAGAAAUCAACUUUGUUGCUGUCUCUCAUUCCGACGAAGAAGCGACUGAAAAGUGGGUCAUUUCAGUCGGUGGCGAGUGGGAUGUUCAUGUUGUAGUCGAUGCAGAGAGAGAACUCUACGCGCAAUGGGGAUUGGGAGUUGCAAGUACUUGGCAUGUGCUCAAUCCUUGGUCAAUGUAUUCUGUCUAUCAGCUCGGAAAGAAAGAAAACAUAUGGAACCUGCCUACAGAAAGCGGCAGUCGCUGGCAAACAUCUGGGAGCUUCGCCGUUGAUGGAGAUGGAGCUGUCAGAUGGACUGGGGUAGCGAAAGCUGCUGAUAGCAUUCCUGACUUUCGGGAUGCGCUCAAGGCGUUGGGGAUUGAGGUAUGA